GGUGCGCGGCCGCUCCGGGCGUUGCGCUUGGGGGGCGCGGAGAGGCGGAGCGGGCUGGGAAUUCCUCGGAACCGGAGCAGGGAAAAGGGCUGCGCGCUUCGAGGAGCGCCCGGCGCCUCCGCCAGAAUCUCCAGGCGCAGCUAUUCAAGCAGGAAGGAACCGAUUGGCCAGCACCUGGGCGGGAGGAGAAGGCACAGCUAGGUUUGUUGGAAGCCUCCAAAAAGCCUCUUCAAAAAGUGAAGGCACCUUCUAGAUUAUUUGCUUUCAGGCUCUUAAAAUAGGUGAUGCUCACAUUGAACGGGAGCAUGAGGUUAAUCCAAUGAACCGCUGGAGCAUGAAACGAGCCUCGCCUGCAACAUGCAUGUGAUGCGAACAAUCUAGGAAUGUGGCGCCCUAUCAAGAAACUUUUGGCUAGAGAAGGGCAUCUCCUUGUUCAAACAAGAAAACCACCGAAUUCAGGGGCUUCUUAACAAAGUGUUUGCUCUGACACUGCAGCGGUGCUUACUGGAACUGGGCUCUUUAACAUACACACACGCACUGAAGAUUUGGAAGGCUCUGUGGCUUUUUAAUACAAGGCCGGCAAGAUGAUUGACCUGAGCUUUCUCACGGAUGAGGAGCAAGAGGCAAUUCUGAAGGUGCUCCAGCGGGAUGCGGAACUGAAGAGAGCCGAAGAGGAGAGAAUCAGGCAUUUACCUGAAAAAGUUAAAGAUGACAACCAGAUAAAGAACAUGAGCGGGCAGUGGUUUUAUGAAACCAAGUCCAAGAGGCACAGAGAUAAAAUACAUGGCGCGGACAUCAUUCGAGCAUCUAUGAGGAGGAAGCCUUUGACAGCAGUGGAGCUGAAUCAGAAUAAGUCAGGCAAAAAAAAGAACAGUUGGGUGAACAACGUCAAUAAAGAAGUCUUCAUGCCCCCGGAGCUGUUUGGCGCCAUAGAUGACACAGAAGGGGAAUUGAAAUCUAAUCCAAGCCCUGCAGUGUUUAACACAGAUUCUAGCUCUUUAGCCGCUCCCCAAGAAGACACAAAGACGGCAGCUGCAUCACCAUCAAAGGAAAGGAAAAAUCCAUUCAACAGUUCAAACUCAUCAGAAGAUGAUGCAAAAAGUAAACACCCUGAACAUGGGACGUCUUGUUCAUCAGAGGCAUCAAAGAAGGAUAUCAUUUUGUCUUCAACAGAAAACCAAUCCGAGGGAAACAUAACAAACAGCCGGCUAGAGGAGCCGCAGAGUGCUUCUCUAGAGCCGAAUGAGCCACCGAGACAGGCAGGGAAACCACCUGUACCGAAAGCUAGGAGGAACGUCCACAAGACGUCUGAUGUCAGCGUGAACAGUGAAGAUUCUUUCCCCAAAGUGCCUAGAAGGAUCAAGCAGAGCAAUGGCCAAGGAACGCCGCCGAGGGGCAUCUUGAAACGCAACUCGAGUUCGAGUUCCACUGAUUCUGAAGUGCUCCGCCUUAACCAAAUAGUAGACUCCUCCCAUAAAAACGGACUACCCACUUCGACGAUCCGUGAAGGCAUCGCGGAGAAGAACGGCCCUCCUGGAAGGGAACCGGACGGAUUUUCUCAGAACUCUCUGGACAAAUUAAAGCAAGUUAGAUUUUCUUCCAGCGUAAGUAGGAAAGAACGUCCAGCCAGCCUUGAGUUGCACGAAGGGAAGGAAUCGGGAGAAUUCAGCUUGUUAGACUCGGACUACGUGAAGACCAGUGAUGACCAAGCGUCUGGGUUAGACAUAUGUCAGAAUGAGCAGACCCCUCCAGUCAAGCCUUUGGCCUUCCAUUCUACAGAUUUAAAUGGCCACACUGAAGACGAGGCUGCGUCAAAAGGACCUGCGGAUCCGUGUUCUUACAACACUAAUGGGUCCGGGUUACCAUCCGAUGUGUUGCAGCCCCAGAAGAGUCCCCCUGCUGAAUGUAGAACUUCCAGUGAGACCUUCCCAAAGGACAUGAAAGAGCCAAGUGCUGAUGAGAUGAAACCUGAAAUCAAAACUGGACAGCGGAGCUCUGAGCCAGACGUCUCGCAAAGCUCCACUGGCCAGCAGUUGCCCUUGGCCAAUACAGGAGACUCGCAGGCCCCGAGUGUCGUCUCCGUAGACCUUGAACAAGGUAAGCCUGUUCUUGUUGACGGUCCAAGUGCUAAAACUCCCUCCAAAUCUGACAGACACGCUGCCGAAGCCUUGAAGGCGGCUGAUGAGUCCAUUACAAAAGUACUAGACUGGUUUAAAAGGAGCUCAAGUACCGAUAGCGAAGGAAACUUGCCGUCAUCGGUCUCCCAAGAGAGGGAACCCUCAGAGGGGAUGAACAUGACCAAGACGAGAGGGCUGGCCGUAACUAGAGAUGAAAAUGCUUCAAGUAGAGAUGUACUAAACCAGGAUGCUACUUUACACAUUAGCAAAGAACUAACCAAGAAAGACCCUCGAUUCCAAGAUGGAGGCAACCAGCCACAGAUGUUGCCCCUUGCACAGACUGGAUAUCCAAAUCACCUGCUGCUAGGAGAACAAAAACUCAAUAGUCAAAGCAAUGGAGAGAUGGCAGAUUUGAGUGACCAAAGGUUUGCGCAUUUGCAGAUCAAUGGCCAAGGAACUAAUAAAGCAGAUGAAACAUACUUUUUGGAGGGAGCUGAUGGAGAAAGCAAAACCGAAAGUGAAAACUCUGCAUGCAGAGAAACAAAGGUUGAUGAAGGUGUAAAGCCGAGUUUGAGCGUUGAUACUUUGGGAAAAGAAAGACAAGUGAAAAAUAGUACUCUGGGUGAUGGGAAGAGAAAUGUUAAAUCUUAUGUGAAAGAAGGAAAAUUUGAGCAUCAAGCUGGGGUGCUUCUUGAAGAACCUGAAGUACAAGAGUCCAGCUUUCUAAAGAAGGGACAAGUGCAACAGGAUGUGAAUGUUAACAGAGGGAACCUGCUGCGUGCACAGCAACAAGAAAUCAAACAAUCGUCUCCAACAGGUGAUCAAAAAAAGAUAAAAGACAUUAGGGCUUUCUGGGAAAGAGAGCAGACAAGCCCAAAGCUUGGGAGUAAGGAAGAUGCAGUAAAUGAAAAAGCAUCUGUCAAAAAAGUGAUGCACAGCUGUAAUAAGGGAACUAGCCAAGUAAAGCCAACUAGUAAAUCUUCAGGAUAUGUUAUGGGUGAAUCGGACAAUGAGCAAGACAAAUAUAAUUUGGUUGCCUUCAGAAGAGUUGAACUGAGUGAUGACUCUGAACCUAAAGAUAAUGACAUUAAUUUGUCUUUGGGAAACAUUAGACCAGAGCCAGUUGAUAAAUCCAAAGGGGAAUGUGUUAUUAUCAGAGACUGGAAGAGUACUGAAUUUACAAAAUCGCUGGAUGCAGAUAAGUUGCAACCAAGACACGAUGCAACAUAUUCUUCUAAGAAGGAUGGAGGCUUACCGAUUGGUGAUUUGGCCAAAGACAGGACUGCCUCUGCUCCGCAACCGAAGUCCAAUUUUACGAUUCAUUCUCUGAAACAGAAAGCAGAUGAAGAAUCCAAGUCUGAAAUGCUCAACCCUUCACAGUUUCAAAGCCUGAGAAGUUUUUGGAACGUUGGAGUUAAGCCACAGAGCAGAACCGAUGAACCCAAAGAAAAGAGCAUUCCAGGUAGCAAUUCUGUGGGAACUUGUCCGCAACAAUCACAGGAAAUAAAAGGUCUCAGAGUCGGAACUGGCCAGGCCGUUUUGCAAGAGGAACAGAAAAGUCCAAUCACCCAAGGUUUUUUAAAAGCAACACCUAACCAACCACGUCCCCCCUUGUUAGCAAAUGUAGUGCCAACGGAAAGUUUACAAUGUGUCCCAAAAGAGGACAGCUGCUUGGAAGAGCCAUCUGUUUCACAAUGCAUGGAAACAAAGAUGCGUUCGGGGAACGAAGUGAAGGAAUAUAUAGAGAAAACAGUGGUUCCGUCAAAAAUGCAACCCAGCUUGUUUAAGAGCGGCUUGCAGAAAUUAUUGACUCAAACAUCUCAGGAUUCCCUGCCAGUUGACCUGCCGGCUGAUGAGGGAGGAGCUCCAAAAGAAACGGAGGGGCAGAAGCUUUGCACUGACUAUUCUGUACAACGCGGGGCUGUUUCUGCAGACACUGAUAGCAAUGUCGGACUUUCAACAAAUGAGAUUGCGGAGACUAUACACAGAACUCUGGUCCCACCAAAAGUUGACACUGAUUCUUUUAGUGCUGGCCUAGAAAGGCUGAGAAAAGAAGCUUCGGAGGCAACACCCUUUUCUAAUUGUAGUAUAACAGCGAGUUCUUCCAAACAGCCUACUUCUCCGCUGGAGGAGAUAAGUUUUUAUAAUAAAGUGAUGCAGCUCAGCCAUGAUGCUUACCCCAGUGGUCAGACACACAGGGAAGUGGCCCCUCAGAAUUUAGAAAAAGGUUUCUCCAUCUCAGGUCAACAGGUCAGAUUUGAAACAAGUGAGGGGGAUCUGCCUAAGGAAAUAGAAGAAUUAAAUCCAGUGCCUCAGAGAGCUCUUAAAAAGGAGGGGAACCAAAUGUAUCGAGAUGACAUUUCUUCUCGGGAAAAAGUCCUCCAGAUUCCAUCGCCAGAACAGAUACUGCCCGAUGCUCGUCUUGCUGUUAUGAACAGAGCAAAACUCCCUGGAAAAGAAAUUUCAGAGACUGUUACGGAAUCCAGUGUCCCACUGAAAAGGGAAAGCCAUGAUUUGAAUACUAGGCUACUUCGUCUUCUUAAAGAACCUUCAGAACGACCUUCCGUUUCACGUGCUACGGAGAGCAUUUCAACAACAGCGUUUGAGGGUAUUCCUGGAGAGGAUCAGCAAAGGUCUUAUAGGCAAGUGAUGGAAGCAUCAGCUCUUCCUUCUCCCCCAAUGACCACCCUUCCAAGACAGACCAGCAGUGAGACAACAGAGAAAAGUGAUGAUACGUUCAGUGGGAUGCAAAGAGCACCAAAUGGAGAGGCGGCCAUGGGGCUGCCAUUUGUAAACCAGAAAAGUGUCGGAGGUCAGUCAGGUGAUCAGAGUAAUGGAGAUGUAACUUCUGUUGGCCAGCUUGUUGAGCCACAACCCGAGGAAGUGGCCGAGACAGUAGUGAGGACGGUGAAACCAAAGAUCUUACAACAAACCAGACUCAAAGACAGUUUAAAGAAAUUGCUAAAGGAAGACUCUGAGGUUCUUUGCAAAGACAUUGAGUUUCCUAAGCCAGUGCAUGCGUCAUUACAACCCAACCAAAGUGUAAAUUCAGUUGAUGAUAAAAGUGUGCCACCUUCUCAAGAAAUUCAUGAAUUUAUAGAAAAGGCUACUGUUCCCUCCAACCCCGUAUAUGGUGAUCUCAAAAUUAAUUUCCAGAAACUGCUCAUGAAAGACAUGGAAUCUCUACCCUCCAACCAGCAAAGUACCAACGGCAACAGGGUGGAAAGAAUGACCAACAAAGAGAGUGAGACUUUGGUUAGUCAACAAGAGGUGGGUCAGCAAGAAAUUAAAGAAACUGUAAACAAGACUGUUGUCCCACCCAAGCUGCAGCAAAGUGAACUUAAUUCUGGCUUACAAAAGUUGUUUGCGGAAGUAUCCCACAUGUCUUCCGAUCAACUACAGCAGUUGGGUGGAAAAACAAAGGAAAAAAUGCAAGCUACAGAGGAAACAGUGGAUGUUUUCCAAGACAGCGUAGUGAAAUCUAUUCCUCCUGCAGACGAUACUGUAUUCAAUUCUUGUUCAGGAAAGUUAAUGAAAAAAAAUUCUGAUGCCUCUUCACAUCUAUCCAAAGACAGCAUUCCGGAAGUGCCUGAUGACUCAACGUAUCAAUCAGAAAGCGGAAGUUUAUUGGUACCGAUGCCAGCAUUGCUUCAGAAGGCAUCAAAUGACUAUCGUACUGAGGUUAGAAUACCACUUAAGGGAAAGUCUUCCAAGCAAGAUGGCCAAGUUCUAGCAGAUGCAAAGAUUUCUGUUGUCCCUGGGCAAAAAAUGUUAUUUCAGAAAACGGUACAGGUUAACCUGCUGUCGACUGAAGCCCCACUUCCAGGAAAAGAGGAGGGUUCUCCGACACUUGCUAGGGCAGAGGAGAGGGAAAUGGGAUAUGACAGAGAGAGAAAUGCAGGAGAGGUUUCUAGAUCAAGUGUAACGCUAGAUAGUGGAAGCGAAGAUACAGAUGUGCCACUUGGAUCCCAACGAGCAAGCACCCCCCUUGUGGAACAGAGAAGCCCACCUACCAUAAGCCAAGUCGAGCUAUUACUUGCCAGUCGUCAUGAUGAGGAUGAGGAAGAUGAAGAUGCCAGGAGUUUUGGAUCAGAUCUUUCCAAUGAAAGCAUCAGUUCCCUUUCAGGAAUCAAAAGAAGUUCAAUAUGUUCCGAAGAAGAACCAAACCCUGUUCUGGAGGCUUUGAAAAGGAGUUCAAAUAGGCAAAUUCCUUCCAAAAGUCUAGAGGACAUACCAUCGGCCACAUCAAAUAAAGGAAAAGUAAACACUCAAAAGGAAGAGUUAAUGCUUAGUGCCGAAGAUGGUCAGAAGGCUGGUCAGCCACAUGAGCUCCGUACAACCACACCAGGAAUUUCCACAGCACCUUCUUUCCCCGUUAACCAGUUCUCCAAUCCAGAGAAAGUCAAAAGGAUGAGCAAAUCGGUCCCAGCAUCUCUACAGGAGGAGAGUGAUGACAGAGAGACAGACACAGCGUCAGACAGCAGUUACCCGCUUGGCAGGAUCAAGAAGAGCCCCAGUUCGCUAACCAAUCUUAGUGGCUCUUCUGGCUUGGCGUCCUUGUCUUCUGUGAGCACCAGUGUGAUGAGUGUCUACAGUGGAGAUUUUGGAAACGUGGACGUGAAAGGGAAUAUCCAAUUUGCCAUCGAUUACGUGGAGCAGCUGAAGGAACUCCAUGUUUUUAUCGCCCAGUGCAAGGACUUGGCAGUGGCAGAUAUUAAGAAGCAGCGUUCAGAUCCAUAUGUGAAGAGUUACCUGCUACCAGAAAAAUACAAACUUGGCAAAAGAAAGACCUCGGUGAAGAAGAAAACGUUGAAUCCCGUCUAUAAUGAAAUAUUGCGGUAUAAAGUCGACAAGGCCCUCUUGACAUCCCAGAGGCUGAAUAUCUCAGUGUGGCACAAUGACAUUUUUGGACGCAACAGUUUCUUGGGCGAAGUGGAACUUAACUUGGGCAUGUGGGACUGGAAUGACAAGCAGAACAAACAGAUGAUCUGGUACCCGCUUAAGCCUAGAGCUCCGUUAGCUGCUUUGGAACUGGAGAACAGAGGGGAGAUGAAGCUAGCGCUCCAGUAUGUCCCAGAACCUGCAGGAGGUAAAAAAACUCCGGCCACUGGAGAAGUCCACAUUUGGGUGAAGGAAUGCAACGACCUCCCAAUCCUUCGGGGCAAUAAGCUCAACUCCUUUGUUAAAUGUACUGUUCUCCCAGACACGAGUAGGAAAAGCCGCCAGAAAACAAGGGCGGUGGCCAAGACGACAAAUCCAGUGUUCAACCAUACAAUGGUCUACGAUGGCUUUAAACCUGAAGAUUUGAAAGAAGCCUGUGUAGAACUUACUGUCUGGGACCACAACAAGCUAGUGAAUCACUUCCUGGGAGGCCUCAGGAUAGGACUCGGAACAGGUAAAAGCUACGGUACUGCGGUAGACUGGAUGGAUUCUACGUUAGAUGAAACCAGUUUAUGGGAAAGAAUGAUAAGUUCACCAGAUCAGUGGGUUGAAGACACUCUGCCACUCAGGAUGCUAACAAUAGCAAAAAUGGCAAAAUAGUGUGACAUCCUGAUUAUUUGUGUCCUGUUUGCGUGGUUUGCUGGGGUUCAAGUGGACAGAAGAGCCAGGGCAAAGAUCCAGGCAUGACCUUGACAACAGAUUUCUUCCUGCAUCACUCUUAACGGAGAACAUCUGUGUUUGCAGUUCAGUUUUUUUUUUUUUACUGUUUUGCUAUAUGCCACCUUUUAAAAAUGCACAUUAACUUCUGCUUACCUGCAGGUACUUUUGUAUGUUAAACGCCUUAAUCUUUAAUAAAGAUUAAUUAAAGAAUAAAAUAUAAAAUGUAUUUAAAAUACUAUGUACAGUUUUCUUGUGCGGCCACCUAGAACAGGCAAGGAAAAAAGGGCUGGCACUUUCACUAAAUAAGCUACAUUUUCUCAUGCUGUCUCUGCUGCUGUUGCUGCCCUUUGGUUCCUGAAAUCAAUGUGUAGACACACCCAGCAAUAUGGUAGUGUUCUUGUUGGUGGGCAGGAAGGCAAGCAUUGGUACCGGAUUAAGUUGGGGGUGGUCGGCUGGAAUCAGAUGCUGCAGAACAACACUAGAUAGAAAGCUUCCAAACAGCCUCUUCUGCAUCUUUUUCUUUGAGUAUCUUGGAACGCUCAGUGUUUCUUGUGAUGUCACAGUUGCCCUGUGAGUUUCCCUUCCAGCGUUCUGUUUAAGUGGCUGCUGCUUCUGGAGAUACAGAAACUUAACAGCAUGAAGAUACUGAGUCACGCAUUGAGCAUCCUUGAUAUUACGGGGAAAGAAGAGACAAAGAUACAGGGCUGCCAUUUUCAGUGGCAACCUCACCUCUGCUCUACUGUAUAGUUUCUGCCUUAGUUACUUUCACCUUGGACAAUUCAUAUGGAGAGUUUAAAAAAAAAAAGCAUUGUGGCAAAUAGUUAAAUAUGGUUUACUUUUUGCAUUGUACAUGCUUGUCUAUAGUAGAAACUUUUCAUUAACACCUUUGAAAUUGCCUGAUUCAGACUUGGUUCCCUAAUCUUUCCAUUUAACUACGCUUCUGGUUUAAAUUAUUGGUGAAUUUAAAAGAUCAGAUUAAAAAACAAAUCUUGCACAUUAUUUCCCAUGUGUGCUUUUGUUUGGGUAUGUCAAGUUUGUUUUUCGUACUCUGGUGCCACCCGCUGAGCAAGAUGGUGAACUUUCUGAAACAGGAGUGAAAAUGUAUUAUAUGUAUGUAAUGGAAUGCUGAAGAUACAAAACUUACUUGUAUACUAUUCUUAAACGCAAAUGCCUAUUAAAACCACAUGUGUGCUUAAAUAACUAAA